CUCUUCAGUCUCAGAAAAAGUUAGAGGCUCUUAGAAUCCGCUGUGAGAACUCCCGAAGCAUACAUGGCCGAGGAACUAUCGCUUGCGACUGCGUAAAGCAGACAGCGGGAGGCGCGGUGAUGGGAGGGCUUAAGGCCCAGUUAAGGGGAGAGGGAGGGGAACGUCUGUGAGUUGGAAAGAGUCAGCUGAGCAACCAAGUAAGUGUUAGCGGGCGGCGGCGGCGGCGGCUCGGGCAAAGAAUCCUGAAUCCAAGGACCUUGAGGAGGAAAGCCAAUAAACAACGGUAAAUAUACGUCGAAAAAGAACAAGAAGACUCUACCCUCAGACUCUUACUUCUCUUGUUACUCCUACCGGACUUACUAGGUUAUUUGUACGUGGGUUUUUGUGUACGUGUGGACGUCAGAAGUUUCUUUUUUUGUCUCCCCUCGCUUCCAAGAAAGUUCCGGGUGCUGAUGCAAGAGGAUCUCCUCCUUGCUUGCCCCGGUUCUUUUUCUUUUUGCAAGCUGUUCUUAGUCCGCCCUAAACUUGAUCCGAUCUGCACGGUCAAAAGAGUGUGUGGAAGGAGAGGGGGCGGGGGCGCCCAGCUCGCUCGAGUUCUCCGUCGCCCAGGAGGAAAGGGAGGCAACAGAAUAAAAAGAGGGGCCAUUGGAGGAGAGCUCGAAACCUGGCAGGACUCUGUUGAUCAGACGUCGGCACAUACAGGUCGAGAUCUAGUGGAACCUGGAUACCAAAAACAAUCAAGUCGCACUUCAUUAAAUCACCAAGGAGAUGAUGAUGUGGAUUUGGAAGCUUUAGUUAACAAUAUGAACUCCUCAUUUGAAAGUCUAUGCUCCACCUUCUGCAUGCAUUCAGAAAGUACACCACUCCUUCAGAAUGGCAGCCAGCUGUUAGCUUCAGGAACUAGUUCGCUGCAUCCAGUGUCUCCACGACAGAAAAUACAGAGGUCUCAACCAGUUCGCAUUAUGGCAGUCAGACGUCUUCAGGAGGAAGAACAACAAUUCAGAACAUCCUCUUUGCCUGCUAUUCCAAAUCCUUUCCCUGAACUUUGCAGCCCCACAAAUUCACCUGUAUUGGCACCAGGAUCUCUACCUCAGAGUCAACCUAUGAAUAAGCAAGAUAUAAAAGUUUUUAGUGAAGAUGGGACUUGCAAGGUAGUUGAGAUCUUAGCAGAUACAACAGCCCGGGACCUCUGCCAGUUGCUCGUUUACAAAAGUCAUUGUGUGGAUGACAACAGCUGGGCCUUAGUGGAGCAUCACCCUCUCAUAGGAUUAGAGAGAUGUCUGGAAGAUCAUGAAUUGAUUGUUCAAGUUGAGUCUACCAUGGGAAAUGAAAGUAAAUUUUUAUUCAGGAAGAACUAUGCAAAAUAUGAAUUCUUUAAGAAUCCUGUGAAUUUUUUUCCGGAACAGAUGAUUGCUUGGUGUCAGCAAUCAAAUGGUUCUAUUCCACAAUCACAACUUUUACAGAAAUUUUUAAAUUCAAAUAGUUGUCCAGAAAUUCAGGGGUUUUUACAUGUGAAAGAAUUGGGAAGAAAAUCAUGGAAGAAGCUGUAUGGUUGUCUGAGGAAAUCUGGACUUUAUUGCUCUACAAAAGGGUCUUCAAAGGAACCAAGACACCUGCAAUUGCUAGCUGAUCUUGAGGACAGCAAUAUCUUUUCAUUAAUAGCAUGCAAAAAAAUGUACAGUGCACCGACUGACUAUGGCUUUUGUAUAAAGCCCAACAGAAUAAGGAAUGAAAUUAAAGAAUUAAGAUUGCUGUGUGCUGAGGAUGAACAAAGCAGAACAUGUUGGAUGACUGCCUUUAGACUGCUCAAGUAUGGGAUGUUGCUGUACCAAAAUUACAGAAUUCCACAACAGAGGAACAAUCUGCUUCCUCACUUUGCCACUCCUGCGAGAAGUGUUUCUGAAAAUUCAUUAGUAGCAAUGGAUUUUUCUGGACAAAUAGGAAGAGUGAUUGAAAAUCCAGAAGAAGCACAGUGUGCAGCUUUGGAAGAAGGCCAUGCAUGGAGGAAACGUAGCACAAGAAUGAACAUUUUGGGGAAUCAAAGCCCACUUCAUCCUUCCUUGCUGAGCACAAUUAUUCAUAGGACACAACACUGGUUUCAUGGCAGGAUUUCAAGAGAAGAAUCACACAGGAUUAUUAAACAACAAGGUCUUGUGGAUGGAUUAUUUCUUCUUCGGGACAGCCAGAGUAAUCCAAAGGCAUUUGUACUUACAUUGUGUCAUCAUCAAAAAAUUAAACAUUUUCAGAUUUUACCAUGUGAAGAUGACGGACAGAUAUUUUUCAGUCUAGAUGAUGGCAGCACCAAAUUCACUGACCUAAUACAACUUGUUGAAUUCUAUCAAUUAAACAAGGGAGUUUUGCCUUGUAAACUCAAACAUCACUGCAUCCGGGUGGCCUUGUGACCUCUGUACCAGUCCAUGCAGAUGACUGGUUUGUUCCAAGACUGGAGAUGGAAGAGAAAUUUUGUUGAAGAAAGUUGACCCUGGGACAUUAAGCCAACUUGUAGUUGUUUUUGAGGAACAAAAUGUAUCAUUAAAAUUAGGGGACUUGGAAAGGGAUGCUUGAGCUGGUGCCAACAGUCCAAGAUUUGGCUCUUUUGUCUAAAUCCUAUGCUUGAUUCUGCUGAGUGUCCCAGCAACUGCCCCUCCCCCAAAACUGGGAAAAAUUAUGUAAAAACACUAAACAAAACUGGAAAUUGUCCCUUGGCUUGCCAUGUAACAGAGUCGGGUUUGUGAAGCAAAAUUAUUGAAAUGAACUCUUGCCCUGGAUAAAUCUUGACAAUUUAAAACUGAAUAUUUUCUUUUUUUAUUGUUUGCUUUCUUUAUAUUUCUCCUUCCCCCUCCUUCCUCCUCCCUCUUUUUUUGCACUCGUUUUGAAAAUUAUAUUUAUCCUAUACUAGAUGAUAUGGUUUUUAAAUUGAUACCUGAUUUGGAUGUUCUAAAUCAUAUAUUGAGUAAUUUACUUCAGUCUUAUUAUAAUCUGAAAUCAAAAAAUAGCUUCUCCCUUUUGAAAUUAAGUGGUCCACCAUUUGUUUUGAAGAAACAACAUGGAGAACAAUUCUGGGAAGGAAAAAUAUCCCACUAGUGUAUGCUUUUUAAUGUAAUGACUGUGUAUCUGAAAGAGGAUUCUCCUUCUAUGCACAGAUGGUUUGAAUUGUUUUGAUUAUCCCUCUCCUUCCCAAUCUGCUGGAGGUCCUCUUUCUGCACAGAUGCCAGGGGAAAAUCCACUGUCAUUAGCCAGUUUCGCAGUCGAAUGAUAAUAUAUGUAUUUGGAAUCAUCUGGCUUUUCUUAUUAUUAUGUUUUAAUUGGGAGUGAAUAGAUUGUCAUUUAUGUAGUAUAUUUGGUAUAAAACAAAUCAGUGUUUGCUAUUUUUAGCAUUAUUUCCUUCACUCUUCAGAAUGUAUGCUAUAGCUCCAUUGCACAUAUAACACUGCCUAGUCUUCUAACCAUGGUUAGGACUUUAAGAGUGCUCUGUAAGUCUGCAUUUUCCUUCCAAUUUUUUUUUUCUGGAUGUGUAUUUUCUAAUAACCGAAGCACAAUUCUGAUUUUAUGUUUCUUUGCUUAAUGAAAAUACUAUUGUUGGGCUUACACAAAUUAUAAAUAGAAAGAAUCAAAAGUGAAAACAAAGAGAAGUGUUUGUGUAGCAUUCUUGAUCUUCUAAUAACAGCUAGAUAUUGAGGAGUCCUUCAGCAGCAUGAAUAGACUUUUCCUAAAUGAGGACAUGAUAAAUAAGAUUUUCAGUAAAGUAAAUGUGAGAAAUGCAGUCUGAUUACAUGCUGCUGGUCAAAACUUGGUCAAACUGUGGAAAUCGUCCCGAAGCAUUGCUUCACAUUCUCUCCAUCUAUUUCAGUCUAGCUGUAAAAGAUAGCAAUAUAUAUGCAGCAGUGUAAUAACUGGAUAAAUCAUUUUUAUUUGGAAAUUAUAUGCUCAGCUGUCUCUGCCACCGAAAGACAUGCCAUUGACAGUUCAGACAAUUGAUUUAGUUGGGAUUUGUGCACUAAAAUUUGCAUGCCAGUAUCUGUAGCAAUUAGAGAAACCUUGCUUCAAGUCCUAGUUCAUCAUCAUACUAUGAGUCCUGGUUUAGGCUUCCUAAAAGCAAAGACAUAGAAUGUUAAUUUGUACAUAGCUAUGCAGAACAAAUAAUGUUUUAUUUCUCUUGAAAGGCACAGCUUUCUAGCUCUCAAUGUGGCAAAUAAAAUUAUAUGUCACAAAAGUGAGAUAUCUGUCAAUGUAAUGAUACUGACUCAUGUUUUCUAAUUCUGCAUAACUGUGUGCAUAGAGAUAUACCAUGUGGACAACUUAAUAAUAGUGGAAUCAAGGCAAUGCUUCUUAAUAUUUCAGCUUUUCAUGUUUCCAUAGCAACGUUUCUUUCAUUGAUAGCUUGCACUUAAAUAAGGUCAAUGAUUACGAUUAUCGAGUUUUAGGGAUGAUGGUUAAGUGCAUAUAGGAAGUGCUUUUUGCUUUAUGUAUCAAGAAGUAUGUUCCAGCCUAUGAAUGUUCAGAAUUACUUGCAAGUGAAAUAUUUUCUCACUUGCUCCGGGAAUCUUGAACCUUUAUAUUGAUACUAAUUAAUAUUAAUUAUUGCAUGUGACUAAUAGCAAUCUGAAAAGUUGAAAUUGAGUACAGUUAUUUAUUCACAAGGUAAUCAUAUACUGUUGAGAAUAGCUUAAAUCAAUAUAACCAGCUUGAGUAUCUAUAGCAGAUAAAAACACUGUAUUUUAGUUUACAGAACAAAUCUAAUAGGGGUUUUUCCAUGAAAUUUCUAUAUAUACAAUGAAGAAACUUGAUUUUUGUUAGACAUAUUUUGAUUAUUACAUUUUACAUAUUUUGUAAACAUCUAUAGGUAAAGUAAUAUGAGUUUACUUAGUAUUGCAUUUUCCUAAAAUGGAUUUAAACAGAUUUCCUCGCCAAAAUACUGAUUUUCAAAUUUAAGUGAAGUUGUUUGAGUUUAUUAGAAAUUAAGUUAUUUUUCAGUAUCUUGGCUCCAAUCAUUCAGUUUCUUAGUAAUAGUUUCAUGUUAUAAAAAUGCAUUUAAUUGAAUUUGACAAUAUAAGUUCUUAUUAUAAAUUUGAAUGAAGAGGGCAGACUGUUUUGUACUAUCUUCAGAAUUACUUGAGCACAUAUUGCAUUUCUUCCCUUUGUUAGAAAUGUACAAUCUAAUCCAUCUUAAAAGUACUAACAGAUACAGCUAUCUGACAAUUUAGGAAAUAAGGGUUGAAGGAAAUUUGAUUAAAAAAAUAUUUAAAUGACAUGAAUGUAAAGAGGGAUGCUCAGGGUUGUUUCUGGAGCCUGUUGAUUUUAUUUUAUUUUUGCCUGUGAUUGUUUUGUAAAUAAAAUAUGUCAUAUAGCAUCUUGUAAUGUGUUAAGAAGGAAAAUGCCAAACCAUUUGGUAAUUUUUUU